ACGAAAAGAUUUUAGGUGUCGGUCAAUUAUGGAAAUCUAAAAAAAGAUAGACAAAUGGGGUUUAUUGUUAUUAAACAAAUAUUUCUUGGACCUACAACAAGAUCAUUUCUUUCAAUGACUUCCACUGUCUCCCAAACACAUUUGAAUAUCAUCUUCCACGCUUCGUCUUCAUGAACUCUUCUUCUCAGAAACUUCAAACCCUAUAAACCAUUUUCUUAUGUUACUUCUUCUGUUUCUCACUUUUUCAUCUGGUUAUAAAUACAUGCAUAUACAUCCACAUCAUCUAAUCCAAACACCAACGGAUAUCGCCGUUCAUAGUCCUCUCCCACCCUCCGCCGCCCCUAUGUCAAACCAACAACACCUUGACUUGUCAGACUUCAUCAGAAUCGGAAACGGCUCCUGGGGUCCCGUCUACAAGGUCCUCCACCGCCCCACCGCCACCCACUUCGCUCUCAAGGUAAUCUACGGAAACCACGAUGAUGAUUUCCGCCGCCAGAUCCUUCUUCAAAUCAAGCUCCUGCAUGGCAUCGAUAACAUCAACAUCGUCAAGUGUCAUGACGUGUUUGAUCGUGAUGGUGAGAAUAUUCAGGUUCUUCUUGAAUACAUGAACUGUGGAUCUCUUCAAGGCACGCACUUGUCCGACGAAUCCUCUUUGGCCGACCUCACCCGUCAGAUUCUCUCCGGUCUCCACUACCUCCACCGGAAUAACAUCGCCCAUCGUCAUAUCAAACCUUCAAAUCUCUUAAUUAAUUCCAAAAAAGAAGUGAAGAUUGCGAUUUCCGGGGUUACGAGGAUCUUGGAACAGACGACGCAUCCUUGUAAAGAUUCAGUGGGUACGAUUGCUUACAUGUGCCCCGAAAGAAUAAACACCGACCUGAACCAGGGAAAAAACGACGGGUACGCUGGAGAUAUUUGGAGCAUGGGUGUGAGCAUUUUAGAAUUGUAUAUGGGGAUUUUACCGUUUGAGGUAGGAAGUCCCGAUGAUUGGGCGAGUCUUAUGAUGGCGAUUUGUAUGUGUCCGCCACCUAAAGCGCCGGCGACUGCUUCCACAGAGUUUCAAGAUUUUGUGGGACGGUGUUUGCAGAGGGAUCCAGCAAAGAGAUGGACAGCAGCACAGCUGUUGGGUCACCCGUUUGUUACAGGGGAAGCCAUCGCAGACAUAUCUACGACUACAACUAUUUCCCUUGAGGGUGCCUCUACUCGAAUACAAUCAUUCGAUAUAUAGGUUUUCUGGUAAUAGUGCCUAUGUCUUUUACAGCGAAUAGACCGUACACAAUUUUUAUUCAUUCAUAACAAUUUAUGUUUUAAAAUGUUAUAGAAACGAAAAAUUAUUAUAUAAAAUCACUUCCUUUUUACAAUACAUCCAAACUCACUACUAGAAAAAGGUGAGGUUUCCUACAAAAAUUUCCUAGGAACACAAAAUUUUCGCUACUUCCUAUAAAUUAUCAAGAACUUCCGAGGAAAACGUGUCUCUGAUAUUUCCUUAGAAGAUCAUUGGCAUCAAAUAGGAAAUACUGAUGAACUAUUUGUCCUAGGAAGUCCUACGCUUUUCUUAGGAAAUAAAUAUAUAUUUAACGUUCAUACGUUUUCGGUUUUUCUUAGGAAAUAAAUAUAUAUUUAAUUUUUUUUAAUUAACCCAUGUAAUACAUGAGUCUCACAACUAGUUUAUUAUUAUAAACAAGUCAUAUCAUUUUGUUCCAAUAUGCCAAAGAGCCUCACAUCUACGUGAAGUGUUUCGUUUAAGUGGUUUCUAGGAAGUUUCAAACCAAGGUCUUUCACUAGACAUGUCAAACUUUUACCAAUUGUCUUAGGGUCCAAGUGAUUAAUUUGAUACACAAAAAAACUUAUAAAGUUAACACAUUUAGGAAAUACCGAAGAAUUCUUUGUUAUCGGAAAUCCCUCAGAAGUUCAUACGAUUUUCCUAGAAAAUAAAUAUAUAUUAAAUGUUCCUAGGUAGUUCUUUGGUAGUUUUUUUAUUAUCAAUUUAUUAUUAUAAACGAAUCAUGUCAUUUUUUCGAAUAUGCCAAAGAGCCUCACAUUUACGUUAUAAGUGUUUCAUUUAAGUGGUUCCUAGGAAGUUUCUCAAAACUUCCGAGGGAUUUCCUAGGAAAUUUUCGAUCCAAGGUCUCUUACCAAAAUAAUCAUCAUUUUUAUUAUUAUUAUUAUUAUUAACACAUACACAUACAUGCUAAAAAUAAUCCUAAUAUUAAAAAUAAAAAAUUUUGUAACUAAUCAAUUAGAAAUGUGUAGGUAAUUCCGAGGGAUUUCCUAGGCUAAUUUUUUAUUUGUUUUUUUUUUUGAAGUUCAAACGUUGUUUUUUCAUUCCAUAUUUGUACAACUUUGUUACAUAUUAAAUACUUUUAUCUUACAAAGUUACGUAUUAUACAUAUACACAACCAUACAUAUGUACACAUACAUAUAAAUUUACAAUGGUAAAUAAUGUUUUGGGUAAUGAGUUGUGAUGGUGCACACGUAUGUAUGUUUGUAUAUAUUUUGUAUAAUUUUGUGAAAUAAAAGUAACUAAUGUAUGAUGAAGUUGAACAAAAUAUAGAACGAAAAAAAAACGUUGUUUUAACAUCAAAAAAUGAAAAAUGAGUUACCUUCCUGGGAAAAAUCUAGGAAAUACCAAGGAAUUUCCUAGACAACACAAAAUUUGCCACUAAUCUAUUGGAAUUGCGUAGGUAUUUCCAAGAGAUUUCCUAGGACCAAAACCCGUUUUCUAUUUUUUCGAGGUUUACACGUUUUUUUGUUUCGUAUUUUGGACAACUUUUUUAUACAUUAAAUACUUGUCUUACCA